AUACGUACAUAUUUUUGUGUAUAUAAACCCCAGCCCCGCUCCUCUUUUCCCUCUUCUUUCUCCUCUCCUCUGUUACAUUACACACAAACGCACGCACCAUUCUUGUAUCUAACACAACCCCCUUCUACUGCUUCGCUGUUCCCGAGUUGCUUCUUCUCUGCUUGAUCCAUUUAAGUUUGUGGGGCUUGACCACUUAAGAGGUGAUUUUUGGUUGGAAGAACUGCUAUCUGUUGGGUUUUGAAAUUAUAAGCAUCCACCUGCACUGUUUUCUAAUACCACCAUUAGCCUAAACAAACCUUAUAACUGAUCAAAUAUCCUGUAUCUGAUGGAAAUGGAAAAGAAUCACAAUGCUUCAGUUCUCACUGAAUCUGCAUCAUUGAACAACUCAAGGUUAGGCCUUCAUUCUGCUUUGCUGCCAUAUUCUCCCCCAGAUGCCGUGUUUUCUUCAAGUCUCUUCUUGACAAUUCCAAGGAAAAAGACUGGCCUACUCGAUGAUGUACUGUCCACCUGUUGGUUGGAUGCCAUGAAAUCUUCAUCUCCCACUCAUAAGAAGUUAAAAGAUUUUAGCACCGAGCCCACCGAUACUGAAAUAGCCCAUCGCAAUUGGAUGCUCAAGUAUCCAUCUGCACUUGCAUCUUUUGAGAAAAUAACAAGCUAUGCAAAGGGUAAAAGAGUAGUUUUGUUUCUGGACUAUGACGGGACUUUGUCACCAAUAGUGGACAACCCAGAUCGAGCCUUUAUGUCUAAUAAUAUGCGCUUGGCUGUUAAAAAUGUGGCAAGGUACUUCCCUACAGCAAUUAUCAGUGGGAGAAGCCGUGACAAGGUACUUGAAUUUGUAGGACUAACAGAACUCUACUAUGCUGGUAGCCAUGGGAUGGACAUAAUGGGCCCUGUUCGCCCCAAUACUGAUGGUCAUACAAAUUGUAUCAGGUCCACUGACAACCAGGGUAAAGAAGUUAACUUGUUCCAGCCUGCUAGUGAAUUCUUACCCAUGAUUGAUGAGAUUUAUAGAUCCCUUGUUGAUAUUGCUAAAGAAAUAGAAGGAGCCACUGUCGAGAACAAUAAAUUUUGUAUAUCUGUUCAUUACCGUAACGUAGAUGAGAAGAGUUGGACAACGAUUGCAGAAUCUGUUCAUGACAUCAUGAAGAACUACCCUCGACUUAGAUUAACCCAUGGGCGGAAGGUUUUAGAGGUCCGACCAGUGCUUAAUUGGGAUAAAGGGAAGGCUGUAGAGUUUUUACUUGAAUCUUUAGGGCUUAGUAAUAGUGACAACGUGCUUCCUAUAUAUGUUGGAGAUGAUCGAACUGAUGAAGAUGCAUUCAAGGUUCUUAGAGAGGGUAAUCGAGGUUAUGGUAUAUUGGUGUCUUCUGCACCGAAAGAAAGCAAUGCAUUUUACUCUCUCAGAGACCCAUCAGAGGUCUUGGAAUUCCUCAGGUCAUUAGUAAUAUGGAAGAAAGCAAGUGCUUAACAAUCAUGAAGAUAAUAGACGGUUGCUCUACAAUCGUAAAGAUAUAUAACCAAAAGCAAGCAUUUUUUCCGAUUCUUGCAUAAAAGAUAUUGCUGGUGUAAGGGGAGAGGUGCACAUAUGAAGCUGUGGAUCAAUUAAUUUGCAGUCUUUCUGUUGAUACCAAGGAUGCCCACGCCAUAUUGUAAUUACAUAGCACUGUUCUAAUUUCUGUUCCCUAGUUUUUUUUUUUUUUGUUUUUGUUGGCAAAUUUUUGGGGGUGGGGAAAGCUAUUAUUUCAUUUCUUUGUUGGCAAUUGUAUAGUUAUUUAGGAGAUAGAGUAAUUAUACAAAGUAAUCCUCUGGGAAAUGAAUCAUGUAGUUUGGGUGACCUUUGCAAAUUGCAGCUGCUAAUUGAGUGAAGCUGCAGAUAGUUUUAUUGUAACACAUCUAUCUUUUACAAUAAUUUCUUUGUCUACUUUAUAUAUUUUGGUAGAUAUAUUA